UCUUAUCCUUUGAUGUACAAAGUUCUAGUUAUACACCCGAACAGAUUGAAAAGCAGUUUUUUUUUGUACCCGUAAAAUUAAAUUUCUUAAUAUUCGUUGUUAGUGUUUAGUAUUGUUUAAAACGGUUUUCUAAAGUUUAAGACAUGACGCUGUUAAACGCUUCCAUGAGUUUUUUCCUUUAUGUUGAAGAAUUCUUCCUUAUUUGUUUAGUGCUCCCUUGGGUGCCAUCUUACAGAUUAGGAGAAUUAUUGAAUUUUGCCAAAAGGUUUCGUUUACCUUUAAAUUUAACAUUUACCAUGUACUUCACCUUUUCCAUAGUUUUUAUUGUGGUAAAUAUUGUAGCUUUAGAACUUCACGUUUUGCAAGUAAACGAGAUGGUGAGAAACUCAUUUGAUACAUUUAAAUGGAAUUUGUUUCACGCGCUUAAGUUUUGCAUAAUUAUCCACAGAGUUUUAUCUUUGAGCAUGAAUGAAGCUUCGCUUCGUAAGUCGACAAAAUCAUUAGAAGCUAACCUAAAAACAAUUUUAGAGGAUAAAAAUAAAGAGGUAUCAAAAGACGAUAAAGAAAUACAAUUUUUAAAGGAAGAGUUACAAAGAACUAAAAAUGAACUGAAUACAACAAAAAAUUUACUAGCAAAUUAUCAGUCCAGUAAGAACUUAAAAUAAAGUUGUUUACAAAUAGUUAAAUAGUGUUCAACAAUUGUUAAUAAUAAUAAAACGUUUCGUUCAACAUGAUUUUAUUAAGUAUGCAAACAAAUUUUACAUAUUUUGUGCAAUUUUGGGAAAGUAAGGCAUAUAUU